UCUCCUCCCGCCCCCCCACCGCGUCACCCUGUACAUCCAAGCGCUUGAGACAAGCGAGCGUUUGGGGUGGCGCGUGGACUGUGCCUCACGGCUCGUGGUUUCCAGACUUUCCCGCUUGCGGAGCUUUGAGAACGCGGCGAGGAUGGGGACGGUGACUGGGCUGCGUUUGCUAGUCUUCGUUUCGUUGCUGAUGCUGCUGCCUCCAUCACCGCCUGGAGCUUUGGGGUUUGUUCCUUCUCUAGACAGUGACUUCACCUUCACGCUACCCGCCGGCCGGAAGGAGUGCUUCUUCCAGACCAUGAAAAAGGAGGCCACGUUGGAGAUCGAGUACCAGGUUCUAGAUGGAGCAGGUUUAGAUGUGGAUUUUCACCUGGUAUCACCAAAACAUGAAACCGUAGUUUUUGAACAAAGAAAAUCAGAUGGUGUCCACACAGUGGAGACAGAGGAAGGUGAUUACAUGUUCUGCUUUGACAACACAUUUAGCACCCUAUCAGAGAAGGUGAUUUUCUUUGAACUGAUCUUAGAUAAUAUGGGAGAUGAAGAAGAAGAUUGGAAAAAAUACGUAACUGGAACAGAGCUUCUGGAUAUGAAGUUAGAAGAUAUUCUGGAAUCUGUCAACAGCGUGAAGGCUCGGCUGGGCAAAAGCAUUCAGAUUCAGAACCUGCUCAAAGCAUUUGAAGCUCGUGAUAGAAACAUACAAGAAAGCAAUUUUGACAGGGUCAACUUCUGGUCUGUGGUCAACCUGGCAGUAAUGGUUGUAGUAUCAGCUGUUCAGGUGUACAUGCUGAAGAGUCUUUUUGAAGAUAAAAGGAAGACUAGAACUUAACAUAAAAGUUUCAUUUAAAGCAAUAAAUAGGGGAAUUGCAGUACACUGAUUAAGAAAUAGAGAUGGCCGUUCUCAGCUGUUUGGAAUGGACAAUAACAUUCAUAUACGAUUUUUUAAAAUUGUGAACAGAAUGGCUUUUCUCUGACUUGGUGCAUAAGUUGUCUCCGAGGCCAUUUGUCUUGCACAGAAUAAUGGAGCAAUGUCAGAUUUUUAAUAUUUGUAAGUACCAGUCUGUACUAUUUGCCUAACUUUUUUUAAAAAAGUAAAUAAUUUGGUUCAUAACAUUAUAAAGAUGUGUUUUCAGUAUUUAUGUGAUUUAAUGACCAGAGUUAAGUAGAAUAUGCUGAAAACAAGCAGUACUAUUAGAUAGUCUGUUUAAGUCAAGGUUCUUGUGAUUUAUUUGUACUAAGACAUUGUCAAAACUAAUUAAAGGCAUUGGUUCCAAGCUCUGGCAGUUCAUAGACAUUAAUAUUCAAUAAGUGGAAUAAAAUCCAAGUCACUAAGUCUAUAAAGCAGACUUCUUAUUGGUUCAGUGGUAUUAGCUGCUUUCAUCCAAAUUAGGAAGCCAAUAUAGAGAAUCAGUCUUUACAAUGAUGAUUCAAAAUGGAAAUUAUAUAAUCUAAGUCCUAAAAGAAACAUUAGUUCAAAUACCAUACUUAAUUAUGUACUGAAAAUAAUUUUUACCUCUGGAUUAUUUAUGUAGAAUUUUAACUGUGGAGUGCCUGGACAUAACAAUCCUAUGUUGACUUGAUCAGGAUAUUAAUGUGUAUUAGGAUUGCUACUAGCAGCCCUGAAGAAAGAUGCUGCUGUUUUAAGAAUUACUCUAAUUAAAGUUAAUACAUACUCUUUCAUACUGUCAUGGAAGCCUGAACAAAAAAUAGGUUGCUUUAAUGAACAGAAUGGUAUUUUGCUCAUGUGAGGUGUGAAACACUUUAAAAUCAUUUUUGAAGUGUAAACAGGUUUAAUGUACACAUUUGACAUUAGGAUUCACUAUUUACAAUUUAAUCUGUUGACUGCCAUUUUAAUCAACUUUUAGACUGAGUAGCAGCAGAAUGGAAGUGUAUAUUUAAUUUCACUGUUCUGUUUAUACACACACAGCAGAUAAAGGCAGAUACCAAGUAACAUCAUUUGGUGGAAUGAAAUGUUGCCUUUUUGAAUAACAUUUCAACUUAACUAAAGUCCAAUUGAUUUUCCUAAAGUUCUUUCUUUCUAACACUUGUUGUAGGCCAAAAGUGAGGUGUAUUGUUUAAAAACCACUUCAGAAUUAUUUCUAACUUUGUGAAUUAAAUUGUACCAAUUGACAGAAUGAUCCUAAAAAAUCUAAAUCAGA